AUGUGGUCAUGGUGUGAGCUUCGAUGUACUACACUAGAACGAAUUCAGAUGGACAAGGACACAGAAAAAGUCACAGGAAGGCCCAUUGACGUCUACUUUGUAAGGAACAUGCAUAUAGCACUUAUAGCGAUCCAAAUGAGCGCCGCUCCUGAGUUGAGCAACGUUCAGCUUGGUCUUCACGUAAAGUACGAUGCCAGAGAAAGAUUGCAGGUGCAUAAUGUCGAUUACUCAAGUAUCGCUGCUGUUCAUCUCCGUCCUGGCGAUAUAAUACGAGAGGUGGAUGACAAACCGGUAGCCAGCAAAACAAUGUUGAAAUACUAUGUCACAGAAAGUAUGCUGAAAAAUCGACGCAUAUGUUUCCUCAUUGAGUGUCCUGCCGGAGAGGCAUACCGCGAGAGUUGCGACAUGGCACCUGAUGUUACGGAGAUUGCCCUCAAACAGAUCGAACGUUUCAAGAAAACAGUCAAUCAAAUGCCGGCCGUCAGUGUGUACUCCAGCACACAUUUGAAGAAGUCAGCAAGUGUCAGCAUUGCUCCGAACGAGAGAACAGAGGUACAAAAAAAUUGA